AUGUCGACCCUCACCCGCGCAUUCACCAAGCGCAACAAGCGACCCGAGGUCUCUGCGCCCAUGCCCUAUCGCGAGGGCCAGGUGAAGUUCAACGCUGGCACUAUCAAGCGAGGGAACAUUUCGGCACCCGUGGAAUUAUUAUCGACUACGAACAUGCUGGCUUACAACGCCCCCGAUCUGCACUCCGCCACUUCAUCGUCGACUUCAUCUUUGCAAUCCCCCGACGACUCGGAGUUGUCGUUUUCGCACCAGAGCUUCGGAUCACAGAUUACCACUCCGGAUGAUUCGCCAAUCGAUUCCAACCCCGUCCCGUCUUACUUCCCGAAGCGAUCGGCCACUAUCACCAGCCACCCCCGCUCCUCGACAUCGACAUCGUCGUCCACAGAGGCCCCGUUGGUUCCCAAGCGGGCUCUCUCCCACACGAAGCGAUCGCAUCAGGAGUUGGCUCGCAAGCGCUCCCUGUCUAGACUGUCCCCUCCCCCGUUGAACUCCAGCCGUAGCGGCCCGGCACUUCGAACGACGCAGGACUUCUUCCAGCCCGAGCCGCAUCCGUUUGGCAAGGAGCUAGAGCAAGUCAACGAGGUGGUGGAGGAGUUUGGUGGUGGACACCGAGUGUUGGACGAAGAAGAAAUGCUUUUGCAUAAUAAGGGACUCAAGAAGUUCACCGUCAAUGAUUACCUGGUGGAGAUCGAAGAUCUGUAUGGCAGCAUCUUCGAUGACCAACUCGGGCCCAUCGGAACCACCUCCUGGCUUUGA